AUGGUUGAUGAUAACAUCAGUGAUGAUGCCAAUGACAAGUCGUUGGUGGUUUCAGACAAGGAAAAAGAAAGCAUGAACAAGACGAAGUUUGUAUCUGAGCUUCCUCUAGGAAUUGUAACUGAUUCACCGGUUUCAUGUCUAACGGAACUUCCAAAAUAUGAAUUAUUAGAGGAAGCACCGAAAGGAGACAUUAUUUUUGAGAUCGACCCAUUGAAGACUGAGUGUCCUCAGCUUGAUGCGGAACAAGACGUGGAAAUUCUACCAGAUACAAAUUGGGAGGAUAUGAUAACUACUGAACUUCUGGAGCUUUUAACUCAAAAUUUGUCCAUAAUUUUCCAGAGUGCAAUCAAGAGAAUUGUCAAGUGUGGAUAUAGUGAGGAAAUUGUUGAAUUGGUUAUUAUGAGGAGUGGUAUUUAUCAUGGAAGCAAAGACGUUUUCUCAAAUAUUGUCGAUGGUGCCUUGGGUUUAUUGAGUGGGGUAAAGGUUUUUGAUAUUGGCACACCAGUUAUAUUUGAAGAUUUACAGAGUUUGGUUGAUUACACAUUGCUAGAGAUGGUAUGUGUGCUGAGGGAGGUUAAGCCAGCUUUGCCAGUUGUGGAAGCAUUGUGGUGGUUGUUAAUAUUUGACUUGAAUCCGAUACAUGUAUGUACAAUGGAAGGUUAUCAACAGGUUGAGUUAUGCAAUCAAGAAAGCCUAGGCGAUAACUCGUCUGAUUUAAAUCUUCCCCAAUCAAACAUUGAGGCUUUCGAUAAUACUCAGUCAAAUCUGGAUAAACAACAGUUGUCAAGAACUAUAACCCCAGUUGCUCAGACCUUGCAAUCCAAAGUUCCUAUUAGUAAUACAGCCCCUCAAGUUGAAAAUUCAAAUGUUUCUCAAGCGGCAAAAGGAAAAGGAAGCUCCACAUUUUCUCCAGAGGCAAAAUUGAAAGAACCAAUUUUAGAGGACAAAUCGGAGGCUGGUAAAAAUUCUCUAAAUUCCAAGAAGGAUUUACGUAAGCGAAAAACAUUUCAGUUUGAGAAGAACUGCAGAAGUCGUACGAGUAAGAAUAUUAAGGUAAACAUGACUGCCUGGGAAAGAUUGGUUUUGGACAAGAAUGUGAACUUAUCUUUUACUGGUGUACCAAAAAAGAAUUCACGCUCCAAAUCAACAACUUGCAUUAAACACAAUUUACCUUUACAAAAAGCAAGUUCUGAUAGUCCAUGCCAUUCCUCAUCCAUUGCACCUGCAAGUGACACCUCCAAAGUGCCACAUAUGCAAGCUAAUGUAAAUGAUAAGGAUCCAGAUUCAUUAUCCAUGGAUCCCAAGUCCAGCAAAAAGGCCUUAGACAACACAACUAUUUCUUCUGCAGUGCCAGAUUAUUAUGUUGAUAUUCCAUAUGAUGAGUCUCUAGGAAAAUAUGUCCCAAAAAAUGAGAAGGAUGAAACUAUAUUGUUGCGAAUUUUCCGUUUAAAAUCACUACAGAAAGAGCUCCAAGGGUGGUCUGAUUGGGCAAAUGAGAAGGUAAUGCAGGCUACCCAUAGGCUUGCCAAGGACCAAGCUGAGCUUAAAAUGUUGAGGCAAGAAAAAAACGAUGCUGAAAAAGUUCACCGGGAAAAGGAAAUGUUGGAGAAAGACACCAUAGAGAGGAUUAUGGAGAUGGAGCAAGCGCAGGUAAAUACUAAUUCCAUGAGUGAGAAAACUAAUUCGCUUCUUAAAACUUUGGAGAUGGAUAAUGUUAAACUAAAAAAGGAUAUAGAGGCUUUAAUGCUCUCCACCAGUGAGAAUUCUAUGAAUGUGAAUAAUGUUUUAGCAAAGGAGCAGGAGGCAAUAAAGAAGUGUCAAGUAGCAGAAAUGGAGAAACACUCGUUUGAGAAGGAUUUAUCUACUUUCAAGCAGGAAAAAAUUUCUUUACAACAGAAGCAAGAGAAAGCCAACAAGGUUCUGGACCAAUUUAAGGUCCUACUGAAGCAGGAGGAACAGGUGAAACAAAGGUUUCUACAACAAGCUGAUUCUCUAAAAGCUGAAAGAGAACAACUCCGUGUUCACGGAAAAGUGCAGCGAGAUAAUUUUAGAGAAAAGGUAAAGACAAACAUGCAAAAGUAUAAACAAGAUAUCCAAAAUUGUGAGAGUGAAAUCUCUCAGUUGAGAUUCCAAUUUGAAAGAUCAAAAAUAGAGGCACUUAAACGAGGCAUUCCACAAAUGACAAGGGGUUUAGCAGCCUCUGCAGAAAGUUCUGGCUCUAAUGUUUUAAAUGUGGAGAGGGAAUGUGUUAUGUGUAUGAAUGAGCAGAUUUCAGUGGUUUUUCUUCCUUGUGCACAUCAAGUCCUUUGUGAAGAUUGCAAUGUGCAUCACCAAAACAGAGGAAUGGACAAAUGCCCUUCCUGUAGGACACCAAUUAAGGAGCGAAUUAGUGUCCACUUUCCUGAUUCAGAAUAGUUAGCAACUUCAA